AUGCCGGAUGUUCCCCUGCCUUUCCAACCUGGAGCCGACUUCAAGUUGCCUUAUAAUUGCCAUGUGGAGGCCUCUUCUUUCAAGGCUGCUAAUGGAAAUGAUCAAACCACACCCAGCUUCCCACCUGGUCCUCCUAAGCUUCCAAUCAUUGGUAAUUUACAUCAACUUAUUGCAAAACAUCCUCACGAAGCAAUGUCGCAACUAUCUAAAAUAUAUGGUCCAGUCAUGCUUAUACAAUAUGGUCGUGUGCCAACAGUAGUAAUCUCCUCUGCGGAAGCUGCCGAACAAGUCUUCAAAACAUAUGAUACUGCGUUUUGCAAUAGAGUUCAACUUGCUGGGCGAAAACAGCUUUCGUAUAAUUAUGUAGAUAUGGCUUUAGCACCUUUUGGAGAGUAUUGGAGAGAGAUUCGAAAAAUAUGCAUCCUUGAACUCUUUACUAAGAAAAGGGUGCAAUCUUUUACUCUUGUCAGGGCAGAGGAGGUUGAUGUUUUGAUUGAUUCCAUAUCAUCAUAUUCUUCAAAUGCAACUUCUGUUAAUGUUUUUGAAAAGUUCACUAGUUUUGCACACAGAACAAUUUGUCGAAUUGCUUUUGGGAGCACAUCUGGUGAAAGUUGGGAUAGAUUUGAUAAUGGAAGUCUCACAAAACUUCUCUGCGAAGUCGCUGCUUUAACUAGUUUAUCAGCAUCUGACUUCUUUCCAAAGGCAAGUUGGAUUAUUGAUAGGAUAACUGGAAUCCAUGGAAAAACAAAAAAAUGCUUUCAUGAUUUGGACAAUUUCUUACAGCAAAUCCUAGAUGAACAUGACAACUCGGAGCGAGUGAAACUGGAGAAUGAAGAUAUCAUAGACGUUUUACUUAAACUAAAAAAGGCUCAAUUGACUACAAUUCGUCUCACUAACGACCAUAUUAAAGCAAUAGUUUUGAAUGUAUAUCUUGGUGGAGUAGACACACCAGCUGAGGUAAUUACUUGGGUAAUGGCAGAACUGGUGAAACAUCCCAAAGUAAUGAAGAAAGUUCAAGAAGAGAUUCGAAGUUAUGUGGGAUCAAAAGGAGAGGUGGAAGAAUCAGAUCUUGAUAAUUUCCAGUACUUAAAAAUGGUAGUUAAAGAAACUCUAAGAUUGCAUCCAGCAUUUCCAUUACUUGCAAGAGAAAGCAUCAAACAUUGUAAAAUUGAAGGUUACGACAUAUACCCCAACACAUGGGUCCUAAUAAAUACAUGGGAGCUGGGGAGAAAUCCUGAGUAUUGGCCAAAUCCUGAAGAAUUCUUGCCAGAGAGGUUUAAGGAUAGCUCCAUUGAUUUUGUUCAAAAUCAAAAUUUUGAGUACAUGCCUUUUGGGGGAGGUCGGAGGAUUUGCCCUGCAUUGAAUAUGGGAAUUGUGUUAACAGAGCUCGUUCUCGCCAAUGUAUUGUAUGCUUUCAAUUGGGAAUUGCCAGAAGGAUUGAAAAGUGAAGACCUAAACAUGGAGGAGUCAUCAGGGAGUAGAUAUGCCCUUGAGCUUGUACCCAUCAAGCAUGUGGUUGGGAAAUCUGAUUAA